UCCAUCCUCCCUCUCUGCAGGAACCUCAUCACGUGUGUGGAUUCUGGGAUCCUCCGCGUCUGGCAAGGCAAUGACAAGGAGGCGUCUUCCGACCACCUUUUGGAGCUGAAGGUAGGCCCCGGGGUGUGCAAGAUGCGACAAGACCCAACCCACCCCCACGUGGUUGCUACUGGCGGAAAGGAGAACGCUCUGAAGGUGUGGGACCUCCAGGGCUCUGAGGAGCCUCUGUUCAGAGCCAAGAACGUUCGGAACGACUGGCUUAACCUGCGGGUUCCCAUCUGGGAACAGGAUAUACAGUUCCUCCCUGAGUCCCGGAAGCUGGUAACCUGCACAGGGUUCCACCAGGUCCGAGUCUAUGAUCCGGCCUCCCCCCAGCGCCGGCCAGUCCUGGAGGCCACCUAUGGAGAAUACCCGCUGACAGCCAUGACCCUCACUCCAGAGGGCAACUCAGUGAUCGUGGGGAACACGCAUGGGCAGUUGGCAGAAAUUGACCUCCGACAAGGGCGCCUCCUGGGCUGUCUGAAGGGGCUGGCAGGCGGUGUCCGGGCGGUGCAGUGUCACCCUUCAAAGCCUCUCUUAGCCUCCUGCGGCCUGGACAGAGUCUUGAGGGUACACAGGAUCCGCAACCCACGGGGCCUGGAGCACAAGGUUUAUCUCAAGUCCCGGCUGAAUUGCCUCCUCCUUUCUGGCAGGGACGACUGGGAGGAUGAAGCCCAAGAACCUCAAGAGCCCAACAAGGUGUCCCCAGAAGACACAGAGACGGAUGAACUCUGGGCUUCCUUGGAAGCCGCUGCCAAGCGGAAGCGCCCUAAAACCCACCCGCAGAGCCAAGGACGCCCCCAAGCCAGACAUAAAAAGAAGUGCCCAGGGUCCACCAACCCCUGAAGGCCCCACCACGCCACUCUGUUUUGUUCUGGUUUUUUGUAUCCACUUUGUAAAUAAACAUCCUUGAUUUGGA